UCCAAGACCCUCGUACUCUCUUCCGUUUUACUAUGGCUUUUCUAUUUUCACAUCUCAAUGCUCCCAUUUCCAAAGUUUUAAUUCUACUUAUCAGGUAAUUCUUUUGUUUUUUUUGUUGAUCAUGUUCUAAGCUAUGUCAUCUCCGGAAAAAGUUGGAAGGUCUUUCCAGAACAAAGACAAGGAGGAUAAAGAAGAUGAGGAAAAAAGUGGAUUCGUUGACAAAGUUAAGGACUUCAUCGAAGAUGUUGGUGAGAAAAUUGAAGGCAAAGUUAGAUUUGGGAAACCAACAGCAGAUGUCACUACAGUUCAUUUCCCUCAUAUCAAUCUUAAAAAGGCUGAAAUAGUAGCAGAUGUGCUAGUGAAAAAUCCAAAUCCCAUUCCAAUACCUCUCAUCGACAUAAAUUACUUGAUCGAGAGCGAUGGAAGAAAACUGAUUUCUGGAUUGAUCCCUGAUGCUGGAACAAUCCAUGCAUAUGGUUCAGAAACUGUCAAAAUACCCAUUAAUUUGGUUUAUGAUGAUAUAAAAGACACGUAUCGUGAUAUAAAACCUGGAAGCAUCAUUCCCUAUAGGAUUAAGAUAGACCUCAUAGUUGAUGUACCUGUUUUUGGUAGGCUGACUUUGCCUCUUGAGAAAAAAGGCGAAAUUCCUGUACCUCACAAGCCCGAUAUUGAUCUUGAGAAGAUACAUUUUCAGAAAUUCUCUUCCGAAGAAACAGUUGCUGUUCUUAAAUUGAGAUUAGAAAACAAGAAUGACUUUGAUUUGGCGCUUAAUGAACUUGAUUAUGAUGUUUGGCUAUCCGAUGUCAACGUUGGUGGAGCUGAUCUAGAGAAAUCUGCCAAGAUUGGGAAAAAUGGAAUCAGCUAUAUGGAUCUUCCUAUUACUUUCAGGCCAAAGGACUUUGGUUCUGCUCUUUGGGACAUGCUCAGAGGGAGAGGUACUGGUUACACCAUGAAAGGUCAUAUUAACGUGGACACGCCAUUUGGUGCAAUGAAGUUACCUAUCAGCAAGGAGGGUGGCACAUCCCGUCUUAAGAAGAACAAAGAAGAUGAGGACGAUAAAGAUGAGGAUUAAUUGGAGUUGGAAGAGGAACAUUAACUUCUUCAGGUCCCCAAAAUAACUGGUGGUGAAAUUUGUCUACCUAGCUACAACAAGUAUGUAUGUCCAUAUCUUCUGAUUUCUCCAUGACUUGUUAUCAUUUGUCAUAACAUAUACUUAUGUACUAGUAUUGAUAAAAUAAGAACCAGAAGAUAAAUACAUCAUCUCAAAGUUGCUA